UGUUCUGUUUGGAAGAACAUUAAUUUAUUGACGUAGGAAAAUAAUAUUAUAUCUACAUUUUCAAUUGUAAUAAAUUACUUCAUGUAUUUAAUAUUGCUAGUAAUGUAUUAUAUUAGAUAUAUUUUCCGGAAAAGAAAUUUUUGGAAUUUCGUGUUAUAAAUGUUGCAUAGAUACAAAUAUCAUAAUGGAUCGUGGAAAGGCAGGAAUUGGCAGAGGUGCAAAAAGUAAAAUUGCUCAGCAUCCUUCUGAUUUAUUUGCACUUGGAUCCAAAGGUUCGCGUAAUGAAAAUUCUGAUGUUAAAAGACCAGGUGUUAUUCAUUCUAAGCAAAGUAGUAAUACUUCAACUUCUGGAACUGACAGAAAAAGAGAAGCACCAUCAGGAUCACUUCAAUCUUUUCAAUACAUCCCACAAAAAAAACCUAAACUUGCUGCACAUGUUUCUCAUCAACGACCACCAUUCUCAAGUGCUGAAGCUUGGGAAUUGGUAGCCAUAGAUACUGAUCCAGCAGAUUUUGUUCCAAUGGUCCUAGAAGCUAAUGAUAAUGAUGAAGGUGACAAAGUUAUAGGCAUUAUUUGUGGUGCCAUAAAAACACUUAAAAAUCAGAAGUGGAAACCUGAUACAUUGGUAUACAUGGGAUUAUUAUACUUAGCAAAAAUUCGUCCUUCUAUGUUUUCAAAUGAUUGUAUAUUACACGCACUAUCCUCUUUAUUGAAACGGGAUCAAGGACAUAAUUAUAAAACGAAAGGAAACCCAUUAGUUCCUGUACUUGCAGCUAAUUUGUUAAUGAAGGGGUUUCAUGAUAAAAGAAAUUGGCCAGAAAUCUUUGUUAAGCUAUACAUUGAGGAUGCUUUAGGUGAAAGAGUAUGGGUUGAUCAUGAAGAAUGCAAAGGUUUUGUAGAUAAUAUUUUAACAGGAUUUAAUACAAGGCAUCCACCAAAAAGUGUCCUACAACCAGAACUAUCUGUAUUAACACCACGAGAUUGUCAUAGUCCAUCUACAAUUGACGAUGAAGAUCCAGGAUCUUCAUCUGUACAGUUUUCUGGCGACAAAGAAAAAAUAGAGUUUCCUAUUACUCCUAGAUACACUCAUUGUAUAGAGAACAUAGAGUUCAUUGUUCUUGAAGCUGUGAAAGAACAGUUGAAUAGACGACAACCAGAGUCAAUUACCAAAAACUUCCUAAAAUUACUUUCUUCAGCCUGUGGUUUUGUAGAAAUCAGAAAUAUUGCCGUUCCAAGAUUAGAAGUAUGGUUGCAUAAUCCGAAACUAAUGAGACCUGCCCAAGAAUUACUGAGUUAUAUUUGUUACAAUUGUACUUCUCAUACACAAAGAGAUGUUGAAGUUAUAAGCCAAUUAGUAAAAAUGAGAUUGAAAACUAAAGCUGUAAUUAAUUUAUAUCUAAAUGGCGUAAAGGAAUUAAUCGGCUUGCACCCUGAAAAUUUAUGUACUAUCUUAAAACAUACAAUUUAUAACGAAUUAUCUAAUGCAAGAAAUCCAAAUAAUAUGCCAAUGAUAGGUGUAAUGUUUCAAACUUUAUCCGAGCAAGCGGCUAAGUUACUUGCAGAAAUAUUUCAGGAUUUAUUAAUGAACCGAGAAGAUUAUCUGAGACCUUUACGUGCUUUACUCAGAGAAAUCGUACGUGUUUGCCGACACGAUAUUAAUUUACUUAUUUUUGCGCGUACAUUGAUGUCCGAAAGACAGGAUAUAGCGCAACAGUUGCUUAAUUUUGAAUUCAAAGAACGAGUCUUCAUUUCAAUUGCAGAUUUAUUGUGCUUAUGUAUGUUACUAGCUAUCAGCCCACAAGUUAAAGAAGCUGCAGCAUUAGCACAAAGAGGCGAUAAAAAAGAUAUAGCUUUAUUACAUCAAUUUCAGAACAUGGUAGCAACAAUACAAUUCGAAGCCGUGUUAUGGCUACAGAAUUCGGCGCCACAGAUGUACGCCAUUGGAAAAAAUGAGCUUCUUCAUGCCUUACAUAAAAUUUUACUGCUUGAACCACCAGAGCAGUACUAUAAAUUAGAUAAUUGGCCACCCGAAUCUGAUAGAGUAUUUUAUUUACGUCUUAUUUCGGAUGUUCCAUUAUUACAGAAUACAUUGUUAAGACUAUUACUGAUUGGUUUUUCAAAAGAAAAUGGCAUUACUCAUUCAGAAACAUUAGAUUUGGUGGAUCAAUUAGUUAGACGAGCGGCAGCUAACUCAACUGAGAGUUUCCCGACAUUACAAGCUGAUAAAUUGGAUAUAAUUGAACUUAUUUUUAACUUGUGCAUUUAUCAACCACCAGGAACUAUAAACAUACCAUCAAACUAUGUACCACCUACUUUGGCAAUAUCAAAUUUAUAUUGGAAAGGGUGGAUAAUGUUAUUAAUACUGGCUGCUCACAAUCCUUCUACUAUUGGUGCUGUUGCAUGGAAGAGGUAUCCCAUUUUACGGACUCUAAUGGAAAUGUGUAUUACGAAUCAUUUCUCCUAUCCACCACCAACGAUGGCAUUACCAGAAAUAAUAGAGCAAGAACGUUCGAAAGAAUUGCAAGUUGAAGCUAUAGAGAAACAAGAAAUAUUAGAAUACGAAUCGCACUUAGCUGCUGCAUCAACAAGAAUACAAAUAUCAGAACAAAACAGUUUAUUACUAUCACAACUAAUGACUAUGGAACCAACUGGAAUUGCUAGGAGACCACCUCCAGCAGUAUUGGAACAAAUACAAUCAUUAAAUGUGUCUCAUAGGUUGGGACAUUUACUUUGUCGAUCUCGUAAACCAGAUUUCUUAUUAGAUAUAAUACAAAGACAACAACAGAGUUCGUCUCAGAGUAUGCCAUGGCUAGCAGAUCUUGUACAAAAUAGCGAGGGAUCUCUUAGUCAAUUACCUGUACAGUGUCUUUGUGAAUUUUUAUUAUCUACUAGUACUCAAGCUGUGGAGAAGCAACCAAGACAACAACAGCUAUUAGCCCAUCUUCAAAUGUUAUUAACUGAUCCCGAACAGGAUCGACAACAUGCUUACGAGGUUUUAGAAUAUUUCUUAAGAAGACUUAGCAGUCAACAAACUGGCAGCCGCCUUCAAGCAAUUACAGGUUUGAAGAUGGUACUUGGAUCAAUACCUACUGAAGAGGAACCUAUGGAUAUAGAUGGAGAGAAUGAAAAGGAGAUCUGGCUUCUUCGCAAAUUACCGUCCAUACCUCACUUCUUAUCAGUACGAUCUUUAGUUUCUACUGCUCUUCGAGGUGCAUGUCAAGUCGAAAAUAACCCAGAUCUUGUACAUGCGUACAUAUCUUAUCUUGCUGCGCAUACUACAGACGAUGAUUUACCCGAUUUAACUGAUUUAGUUAACGAAAUAGCUCAAUUAGUAGUCGAACGAAGUACGAUUAUAGCAGCUAUUCUACCGCAACCAGAAAUUGAUAAUCCACCAAAUAAAGCAGCUAAACAGACUUUGCAUGCUUUCAUGGUGAUUUUCUGUAAUUAUCUAGAAAAAGCUCGAUCUCCACGAGCAGAGGAAUAUACCUGGUCUGAAAGUCAAGACCAGAUAUUAGUACAAUGGAGUACAGGAGAAGAGUGUACUAUGCAUAUUUUAGUUGUUCAUGCUAUGAUAAUCUUAUUAACGUACGACUCUGAUGAUGAUGUAUUGUUUGAUGCUUUACUUGAAACUUGGUUUCCAUUGAAUACAGAACCACCAAAAGCAUUCCUCGUUGAUACAAGCGAAGAAGCUUUAUUAAUACCUGAUUGGUUAAAACUAAGAAUGAUUAGAAGUAGUGUACCACGUUUAAUUGACGCAGCUCUUAAAGAUUUGGAACCACAACAACUGGUUCUUUUUAUUCAGAGCUUCGGUAUUCCUGUUCCUUCAAUGACUAAAUUACUCCAUACAUUGGAUACUGGUGUGCAAAUUGACCCGAGUUCUGUUGGCGAAGCAGUACUCGAUAAGACGUAUAUGGCACAAUUAGUUGAAGUUCAACACAGAAGAGGGGCAACGGGUGGACUAGUCUUUGUACAGGUUUUACAAUUGAUGGAGCCAGAGUUACCUGAUGAAAAUGCUGUAACUAUCGCACAAUUACAGGAACCUUUACCUCUAAGUGCUGUAGUUCAAAUACAAUCUGUCAUACAAUCUUCUGUUAAAACGGAUGUCCCACAUUUAAUCAAUAGAUUAUUUAUCGAAAAUAUACCAAUGAAUCAAAAGGUAGAUGCAUAUCGCCGAUUACAUAAAACCUUAGCAAAAGAUUUGCAGAAAUCUGCUAAAGAAAGUGGAGCUGCUGUGUUAGCAAUACAACAUAUAUGUAGUGUAUUAAGUUCAAUGCAAGUUAAACAAUUCUUAGCCUCGCUUGUUCACAUGCCUCAGUAUUCUUGCACCCUAAUGCGAGUAAUAUUGUUGCCUUUAAAAAAGCCAUCGACUUCGAAACAAGUGGUUGAAUUAGCCCGUAAUAUGUGUCUAAACUUGAUACAGCUAAUAGGAGAUGUAAAAGCACCAGUUCUAUCUAUUUUAAGAGACUUUGCAAACGUGCAAUUAACCAAAACGCCAAAAAGCAUGGAAUUAACGAUGUUGAUGCAAAAUCGGGAUCCUGGAUCUAUUUUAGAAAGCACGGAUCCAGUGAAUUUGGAAGCAGUUGGACGUAAGUUAUUAAAUAUUUGUCUGAAACAACAGAAAACCGACGUUCUUGUUGAGGCAAUGGCAAGAUUACUAGUAAAUGAUAGUAAUGAAGGCAUUUUGAAGCCACGAACUGGUGUAUUAAUCGAUUGGUUAGCAUCUGUUGAACCAGAAUUAAUUGGAACAUGUCCUACUCUCCAAAUGAAACUUUUAUUUGGGAAAACGAAGAUACAAAUGAAAGUUGAUAACAAUGUUAUGAGUUCACAUUCAUUUAGGCCCUACUUGUUAACUUUAUUGACGCAUAGGGCAAGUUGGGCAACUUUGUACAAAUGUGUUGGACAUUUAUUAGAUAAAUGUGAUGAUGGGUAUGACCCGACAGCUGUUUUAGACUUCUUGUGGGCAUUAACUUGUAAUCCAAAACUCUGGCAAGGCAGAGACAAAUUCACGCCAAAACAUUAUGUUCCAGAAAAUAUUUUACUUUUACACGAGAAACAGUUACUAACACUUGUAGCGUAUAUAGUUGCAGAAGCUGUUAUCAUAUAUAAUUGUCAAAACAGAAACAUUGCACUUGCUCGAAUGGAUUCUCGUCUUGAUUUAUUAUUACACUGUGUUUCUACAGACGAUCAUUUGGUAGCCAGUGUAGUAAAAUAUUUGGCUGCACGUAUGAUGAAUGACUCAGAUAUUGAUUCAGAUAUGGUCCAUCAAUUCUUGUUACACAUGUACAUGAAAAUACCUAAAGUAAUAUGUUACUUAGACACAUUUCAAACUAAAAAGUUUGUUGGAGGAGCAAAAAUUACAAAAUGGACGGGUUCUGUGUUAGAUUGUAUGAGUCAUUCUUUGUUAACUGCUCUAGCAGCAACACCGCGGCAAAAGUCAUGGAAUUCUAGGUCUCAAGACUUCGAAUUAUGCGCCCGAAAAAUGGCUGCUGUACAUCCUAUUUUAGUGUUACGACAACUUCCAAUGUUAGCGUCGUCACUAAUGGGAAGAUCUUAUUUGGAUUUUAGUCAAUUUAGAGCAGGUCAUCAUCUAAAUCUUUUUGUACAAAUAAUGGGAUUACUGGAAUUACUACAACCACAUUUGUUUAGUGAAGAACAUCAGACUGCUUUGGAAGAUACACUGGAGAAUUACUUUCAGUGCUUCCAAAAUUAUGGUCCAGUAAAAGAUCUUAUACCACUCUUAAAUAGAUUUAUUACAUUACUACAAGCAUACAUCUCUUAUAAUGCACAAAGAGCAUUGAAAUAUUUGCAGAAACAUGCUCAGGCUCUACAUGAAUUGCAGGUACAUUAUCCAAAUCUAGUUACACUUAGAACGCUUGUAUCAGGCAUUCCAAUGCCAAGAGAAGGAGAAGACAUAGAGGAGAUUUUAAUUACUGUUCCUCCUACUCCACCUCCGACAGAAUCCAUUAUUCCACAGCAUUGGCCUUCAUUGUUAACUACAUUAUCUAAACUGCAAGGUGAAGAUGUAUUUAGCGCUCUUCAAGAAAUUGAGCAUUUGUCAUCACGAAAACCUUCAGUUUUGGAAUCUAUAACAGACAAUAUAGCAGAAUUGCUUGUAUCUCCGCAAAGUAACAUAAGAUCUCUUGCUCAUACAUUAUUAGCAAGAGCAUUAAAACAUCGCCCAGCAUCAAAUGCAAAUAUCUUGUCUGCAUUUCAAAGGUGUUUGGACAGUUCUAGAGCUGAUAUAUUAAUGUCAGCUUUAGAGAAGUUACCAGAAAUUGUAUUAUGUAUGCAAGAACACGCUUUACCGUUAAUGCAAAAAGUAUUUGAAUUAGGAGUAAAUUCAAAUGUGAAUACUAUACCAUAUAUAAAUAAAACCAUUGCUCUGCUAAAUACACAACAAGGUUGUUAAUAUCAUGAAAAUUGUAAUUUUAUAUUUUGUAUAAAAUGAAAUAAAGAUUUUUUUUAUAAAAA